AAUUGGAAGACAAACGUAACAUUUUUGAGCUUGCCGUUGAAGUGAAUCUAUUUCACAUUAAAGGACUACAAAUGUAUUGGGCUUCAGAAUAAAUUUCACUGUUAUUUUGUGUUUUCAGGUUGAAUUAGCCUGGUCAAAGCAUCAUCAUGCCUGGAAGGCUGUGGAGUAAGGCCAUCUUUGCUGGCUACAAGCGUGGUCUGAGGAACCAGCGUGAGCAUACAGCUCUGCUCAAGUUGGAGGGAGUGUACAACCGGGACGAGGUUGACUUCUACCUGGGCAAACGUUGUGCCUACGUCUACAAAGCAAAAAAGAACACCGCAACACCUGGUGGUAAGCCCAACAAGACACGCGUCAUCUGGGGCAAAGUCACACGGGCCCAUGGAAACAGUGGAAUGGUUCGUGCCAAGUUCAAGAGCAACCUUCCUGCAAAGGCUAUGGGGCACAGAAUUCGUGUGAUGCUGUACCCAUCUCGUGUGUAAUGUUUUUCUGUACAAAAUAAAGAUUUGGUCCAAAAA